AUGGCAAGAAGAAAUGGAAACAACAACUUUUUGAACAUUAUGAGGUCUAUGUUGAGCUUUUUAGAUGCGAGGAUAGAGUCGUCAGAUGCUGACACAAACAACAGUCCUGGGGGUGUUUUCAUGAGCAGACUGAGGAGUAGGCUAGUUGACUUGAUAAAUGGUAGAAUGGAGACUAGAAACAAUGAAGGAGAUGAAAGGGCAGCUUCGGAUACCGAAGGAAGUUCAAGAAGUGUAGGGAGGAGGAGGCGUGCAAGAAAGAACUUGAGUGGAGCUCGGCAGGAAGCCCCCACUGUCGAGGAGCGAAGCCUAGUUGACAGAUGUAGUAGGAUGAUAAACGAAACAGGAGAGAGACCGGUGAGAGGAAGACGGCAGGUUAGGGCCGCCUCAGUGAGCCAGAACCGAAGGGUUGAUGGAUCUAGAGGAGAGAUGUCUAUGGAUCCGGUUAUGCUAACAACAUCUAUUGUUGUGACAGGAAAUGAAAGAAGCUCCUCUCAAUCUUCAUUGCAGAACGAGGAAGGCCGGAGUGAUGUAAGGUCUGAUGAGGAAUCAAGAAGUCUGGGAAACAGGGGGUUCAGGGUUGUUUUUCCACGUGUUCCUUCCCAAGAGCUCAGAUUCUUGUUCCUUACACCGCAGAGUGAAGGAGCAAGAGGAAAUGUUAUAUAUGAAAUACAAAUCAACUUUGACAUAUUCGAUGCCUCAACAGAACCUCCUGUCACAGCUACCAAGGAAUCUUUGAAAAAAACUGACGUUGUAAAAGCUACGAAAGAUGACGAGACAUGUGAGUGCACUAUAUGUAUGUCGAACUUCUCGAUGAACCAGAAGCUAAGAGUGCUCCCAUGUGACCAUAAGUUUCACACUGGGUGUGUUGAUAAGUGGUUGCUCGGCCAUUCUAACAAAUGCCCUGUCUGCAGAAAAAUCAUUUGA